UUAUAUUUUUGUUGAUGCUGUGGAGGUUAAAAAUGAUGAGCAUCGGUGUUAUGUUAUUUAGUAUGAAUAAUGCGUGUUGGAAGAUGACAAAUAUUUUUUAAUGGUAUAUGCUUACUUGCUGUAUGUAUGAUUAUAUGUAAAACAGCAAUAUAUAAUUGCUAAAGUUAGAUAUAUGGGCAUCAGUAUAUUAUUAACAGCAGUAACAAAUCGUUCAGGGAAGAACAUCGAUGUGAGCAAGACUAAACGAGAAUGGUGCAGCAUCAAUCGUUUUUCUUUCAGGAUCGCGCGAAAGCCUUUGGAAGGUCAUCCACAGAAGAUAGGGCAGGAAAAACUGAAAUUAAAGCUUUACUAUUUGCUGUUUUAACACAGUGUUAAAUGUGACUUGAGUGUAUGAUUGUAAAAGAAUCAGCAUUUAGACUAUUUGGGUGACUUGAAGUUUACAGAACCACAUUGAUGUGUCAUGGCACAAGAAAUAACUGCAGAACCCUCACCUGUCACUCCUCGGUCUCAUGCUCGACCCUGCAGAGACUACGUUGAGCAGCAGAGAGCCCUGAUGGCUAAGCAGAUGGCUGGAGAAGGGCCACAGCUCUGGCGUCAGAUGAUGAUUGGUUUUUUGUGUGCUGCAUUGCUUGGACUGAUAAUGUUUGUUCUAGGGGCUGUCUUUAUCUCAAAGGCGCUCGAAAAGAAAGAAAGCAUUACCAUAAUGCUAUGCAUCAUGGGAAUAGCUUGUGGCUUAAUAAUCAUUGCUGGAGUGGGAGUGCUAGGGAAGCUCUUCAUUUCCAGAAAACAUCAAAGCUGUCAAGGGAGACGAUCACAGCAGCACCCACAAGCAGCCUGCUUCCAUACAUGCUCAGUAAUUUAUACACCGUCACAAGACCCAUUGCCGUAUGUUUGUGAUCCUCCACCUGCAUACGAUACAGUUGUCUCCCUUGUACUGUAUCCACGCGGCCAGCAGGGUGGAGGGGAAGGAAGCACAGCUGAAGAUUCUGAUGCAGAAAAUGGCCAGUCUGUGAUGGUUCUGCCUCCUAAAUAUGACGAUGUAACAAAGCCUAUCCCACCUUACCAUGAUGCAAUUCUUUCAUAGCUUCCAUCAUGGCUAAUUGAAUGAUCUCAGAGGAUAUUUAUGUCACAAAAUAUGAUGUGUGGGGCACUUCAAGUAAGAUGCUGUAUUUGUUUGCUUGUUGAUGCUAAUUGUAAACUAGAGGAUUAUUUAGAAUUCAGAUUAGAUAAUGGCGUCCAUUUUCCCCAUCAUUAAGCUAUAUCAAACAGUAAAUAUGUUAGUAAGUGAACAUCAUCUGAAGCCUCAGAUUAGCAUAUUAUGAACAGCCUCAGCCAUUUUAGUGUACAGUCUACUGAAUUUUAAUGAUUGUAACUGUAAAUUUGGUCUUGAAUGUUGAGGAACCUAUGAAGUUUUUUUUUUUUAAAGUUAAACUUGUGUUGUUUGGUAGUAAAGGCUAAGAACAUCUGUAAUUUUUAGUUGCCAUGAUUUUGUUUCAUCUACAUUAAUUUUUAGUGUUGUAUUUGAAUAAAUUGUGCAAUCAAACUUUGUCUAGCUUGGUAGUAUCUUUGAUAACAAUUUUGCUGAUUUGCUUAGAAAGAUGAUUGCUGAAUAGAUAAUGUUAGUUUUAAAGCUGCGGUGGUGAUGAAAUUGUCAAAGGACUUAUGGCAUGGGAAAAGCAUAAAGAUAUGAAUCUCAGAACUUUUGAGGUAUAGUAAGCAUACAGUAUGAUAUAUUCAUGUUGUCAUACGCAACGGCAUUUUGAACCAUUAAGCAAGUCUCUGUUGACAUUUGUUCCUGUGUUAACUUGAGAUGAACUAGUGCAUGUUCUUUUAUGCUAAGGAGGUGAUGAGAUGAAAUGUAAAUUUUGUUGCAAACCGAGACCCUAGGGGUGCUUCUUACAUUAAAAUGAAAAGCUAAAACAAUCUUGCAAAAUAGAAUGACAUAAGGGAAGUCGAAAAGCUAGGAAUUUUAUUUAUUGCCUUACUAUAUACCUGUUUGGGAGGACUUCAGAAGGUUAGUUUGUGGCUGAGAUGCUAAGGAAAAUGAGAAAAAGUUGUAUAUGAUUUCAGCUCUGUAAAAAAAUGCAAAAACUGCCAGCUUAAUAUCUGCUUACAUAAAUUGUAAAUGUUUUGAACAGUGGUUGAUGGAUUGAGGCUGUAUAUAGUGUGGCACUGGUGCAAUGGAUUAUCAAACAGUAGAUCAGUGUUGGAUAUGUUUGGAUUGGAGUGAACUUGUCUGAUGAAAGUGUGCUAGAGAAGUGAUCACAACGUAAGGUGCUUUUGCCUUACUUUAUUAAGUUGGACUGUAGGUAAUACAGAGAGAGAAAAAAGGUUAAAAAUAAUUACAGAUAAGAAGAUAGAUUUGGGCAUUUGCCUUUGUCUUUACUUAAACUGUCUCUUAGUGAAACAUGUUAACUGUCAUUUGGAGAUUAUUAAAGUCAAAAAUAUUGUUAUCUUUUGAAAUAAGGAAGACAUAACAAGGUGUAAUCUUACUGUCAACAAUUAGUACAAUGUGUUAACCAUAAAAAAUCCAAAAACCAAAAUAUCUAAAACCUAGUAGACAUUUAAGAAAUAAUGAAGCAUUUUAUAAAAAUGUAGCGAUUUUUUUUAUCAUGGUUAUUUAGGUAAAAAAUCAUAUGUAUUUGUUUUUAAUUUUGGUUAUUAUUUACACUGAAAUAACCCAAUGCUGCAUUUUCAUAAUUUAUGUUUGACUAGAAUUCAGAAAUGUUUGAAGAAUAUGAAAGAGCAUUUUACUUUUCUUAUUAUAAUAGAGUAUAAUAAGAAUAUAGCCUGAUGUUAUAAAAAACAGUGAUCAAGUUGAAGCAUGCUGGAGAUUUUUUGGGGUAAUUCCAAGGAACAUUGCAAUUGUCAUGGUCCUUGGUUCACACUGUCUUUCACAUUUUGUAUGCUUUGUAUACUGAUUUUCUUUUUUUGUGUUCUCGCUUAUGUACUUUUAUGUGUCAUUGGUCUACUUUAGCCGUUAUGUGUUCUUUUCAGUAAAAAACCAUAAGGUCCUUAAAAAAAGGUGGGAGGGUAUAUCACUGUUGGUCUAAGUGACUUUCUGUAUGAGAUUUUCUUUUCUACCAGAUUUAUGCUCAUGUUGGACGUGUGUUGUAAUGCUUUUAAACAAAGAUGUCAUUUUAUUUGUAAUGUUGAUAUAGAUAUUGGCAUUAUGAAAAUGUAUUGCUAAAAUGUUUGUUCUUCAUAUUUGAAAAGCUUAUUGUAUAUUUAACACACACAAAAUUGCUGUGUAGCAUAAAUUCGUCAAACAGUUUGUAAGAUUCCUUUAGAGCAAAAAAUAUUUAAUCUUUAGAGAGAAAAAAAGCAGUUUAGUCUCAGCAGUUUUAUAAUAAAUUGUUGUGGAAAUAAAAAAAAAUUACUGUUGUGAAAAUCAAAAUAAUAUCUAUUUUGUCUCCUACCUCCUCUGAUAUAGCAAGUGCUUGUCUUACAUAUAAAGUAUCUGUGAUUGCAUAUUUCUUGUACAGGGUUUAAGUUAUAAACGUGGUUUACCCAUAAAAAGAAAAGUACUAGGUGAAUUAACAAUUACAUAAAGUAUGUUUUUUUUAAAAACAGCUAUGCUUAGCUUUACAGAGAGAUCUAAAUGCUUUUUAUUUUUUAUAAAUGUUCUAAACUUAUUGAACUCAUGCAUUUGUAUUCUGCUAGUGUACCGAAGAACCUUUGCUAUAUUGCAGUUGUUUUUAUUUUCACAUGCACAAAUAGUUAUGGUCCAGUAUUAAAAAGUUUUGCAAACAGUAA